ACACACUCACUCUCAGGCUCAGCUUCAGCUAGCUAGAUAUACAUACUACUACGUGUUAACCAUUGCUGACGUUUUAUUUAUUUUUUAAUUUUUUAUUUAAAGUUUAAACCUUUCUUUCAUUUUUCUCUCUCUUUCUUUUGCGAAAAUGGAAAAUCUCCACAGUGAAGUUUCCGUGAACUGAAUCAGAUUCAAGUAGGAACAACAAGUCUUCAUGUAAUGAUACUCAAGAAUCAAAGCCUGCCUGCACUGUGAGAUUUUAAUGUAUAGAGUUGUCUGUGUGUGGUUACCUAAUCAGGAUGGGAAGUUAAUCCAUUUCGAGGAGCGGUGCGAAGUUCUGCAAAGAUCUUGGUUCAUUUGUAUAUUGUAGCAGAUUUAUGUGUGGUUAGGAAUCAAAUAAGGAGAAGGUGCAGGUUGUUAGAAACCUUGUUAGUAUCAAUCUAUGCUGUAUUGCCAUCUAGUUUGGGAAUUUAGAUGGAUGUUACUUCUCUGAGUCCUAAUAGCAACGCCCAAACCGACCAGCAUCCUUUGCUGAUGGAGCAGCCAGAAGCCCGUAGCGGCCGUCAGCAUGUAAUUGACAUUGCAAGGAAUGAUGAAGCUUUAUCCACAUCGUCGCAUACCGAUCAACACUCUGAAUUGCAUGUACCACAGGACGAGGAACAACCAGCUGGGGGUACCCAAGAUUCGACUCAUCAAACAUUAUCGUCUACUGCAUCCAGAUUAAACUCUAGAAAUUCCUCUUCGUUCCGAAGAGGUGAGGGGUACGGUCAUCAAAGAAGGAGUCCAUUAAAUUCUGGACUGUGGAUUUCUGUUGAGCUUUUUGUCACUGUGAGUCAGAUCAUAGCAUCUAUUGUGGUUUUGUCAUUGUCCAGGAAUGAAAAUCCCCAAGCCCCAUUGUUUGCUUGGGUUGUGGGUUAUGCAGCUGGUUGUGUUGCCACACUUCCUAUUCUAUUUUGGCGUUUUCGAAACCGUUAUCAAAGCACUGAACAACAUACCUCUCAGCCAUCUCAAGGAUCUUCUGGAAGCAAUCCUCCGGAGCGUACUUAUACUUCCAUCUAUGUUUCUCAUGAGGAGAAUGGUCAUGCUGCACAAUCAGCAGCAAGAAACACUUUAAUUCCCAGAGCCUUUACCUCUAGGCUCAAUGGAAUAGUAGACCAUUUCAAGAUGGCCUUGGAUUGCUUCUUUGCAGUUUGGUUUGUUGUAGGAAAUGUUUGGAUCUUUGGAGGUCACACUUCUCCUUCUGAUGCUCCCCAAUUAUAUAGGUUAUGUAUUGUGUUUCUUACCUUUAGCUGUAUCGGAUAUGCUAUGCCAUUUAUACUGUGUGCAACUAUUUGCUGCUGCCUUCCUUGCAUAAUUUCUGUUUUGGGCAUUCGGGAGGAUUUUUCUCAAAAUAGAGGAGCAACUGUAGAAUCUAUUAAUGCUCUUCCAAUCUACAAGUUCAAAUUGAAGAACUAUCAAAAUGUUGAUGAUCAUGAUAACAUCAAUGCAGCUAUAGAUGAAGGUGGGAUUUUAGCUGCCGGGACAGAAAAGGAGCGGAUGAUUUCCGGAGAUGAUGCUGUUUGUUGCAUUUGCUUGGCAAAAUAUGCAGAUGAUGAUGAGCUUAGGGAGUUACCAUGCUCUCAUGUCUUUCACGUGGGGUGUGUUGACAAAUGGUUAAAGAUAAAUGCAUCCUGCCCUCUUUGUAAAAGUGAAGUUGGUACAAGUAUUGAAGAGUCACCUUAAGCCUGGGACUCCUGUCCUCAUUAGAUGAGGAAUGGAUUCCAACUCAGACAAAGUUUAUCUUUGCUGAUUGCACAUAUCCUUAUAAAGCUGCAGCUUGCUUUUCAAGUUUACACCAUCAAACCCUUGGAUUAUGCUUUGAAGGUGGGAUCCGAAGAGAUCCAAAGUUAGUUUGUGUAUCUUAAGCAUAUCUGAUGUACAAGGUGGUGGAAGGUUGAGAAUGUGUUUUACCCUCCCUUGUCAAACACCCCCUCCCCUUUUCUCUUUCAACUCUGAUAUAUUCGCAUCCACUCACUUUCCCUUCUUAUCUUUCUCUUCCUUUUCUAUCACACCUCAUCAUAUCUCUUACUUUUCUCUCUUCUAUUUCUAUCUCUUUCUUUUCUAUAACACAUCAUAACUCUCACUCUUCUCUCCUCUAUUUCUAUCUCUUUGUAAAUGUCAAGGUGGAAUGGAUGUGACAAAAGGGUUUUGAUACAUUCACACUCACUUUCUCUUAUAUCUCAUCUUCAUUCACUUUCUUCUUUUUCUAUCACAUUGUUUCUCAUUUCUCUCUAUUCCUAUCUCUAGGUGAGUGGAAUUGGGGUGUUAACAAAAAUAUUUCCAACAAAGAUAUUUCCUUUCUCUUUUCUACUUGUUUCCCAACCUCCCCACCGGUUCACAUGCUCACGAAGUGUUGUUUUGUAGAAAAGGUUGUUUUAGAUCUUCUUCGUUUGUGAGUUCUCCAUGUGACCAUGUGUAUAUAUAACAUAAUUUAAUUAAAUGUUGAUUUUUCUUGAA